UGUAUUUUGUUUGAAAGUGAGAAACGUCGUCUUGACAACGAACGAAUUUUGUGGAUUUUGUAUGAAUUGUUGAUUGAUUUUACUAUGUAUUUGAUAAAUUAUGGAUGAUCCGCAAAAACAAUCGUCACAGUCAACUGAAAUCAAGAAUGUUCUUCCGGAUGUCGUACAUUCUCAACAGAUAGCCGCUGUAGGCGCCGUCGAGGGCGCCGUAACACAGAUCGAUAACGGCCACAAUAUAGAAAACGAAAGCCAAAAUCAGGAUGUCCAGGAAACUAGUGAAACUGAGUCUAUUUCAGAGCACAUACCAUCCAAAGUGGAUUCUCUCUCGGUAACAGACAACGCCAAUCACACACAAUCGGAAGACUUGCUCAAAGUUGAAGGUCAUCAGGAGAAAGUGUCCAAAUCUAAUUCUCCAAACAUUCCAUUCACUUAUUCACCAUUUAGUGAGCACCCUAGUUCACCAGACCCCAGUAAGCAGAGUACAUCCUGGCCUAUUGAUGUCAAUGCUGUGUCAGACAUUCACCAUAUCAGUGAAGAGAGCCCAGUGAACUUAGCAUUAUCAUCAGAAGACUUCUCUAAAGAUGGCGAAACAAAUGAGGGUAAAUCUCAGUCAUUACCUCACACCCCAUCAGCAAAUGAUCAUGGCAAAACACCUCAAGAAUCUCCUAGAAGUGAUAAUUUUGUUGAUUCUCUAAAUGAAGAAUCUGUUCUUAAAUCUCUGGAAUCAGAAAAUGAAAAAUCUUUAGAAAAAUCUAGUAUGUCAAGGAAUCAAGACUCGCUGGAAAAAGACAGUACGGGCUCUGAGGAAAUAAUAAAAUUGGAUAUUCGAGGUCAGGGUGUUCCCAAGUUUCCAUUACCUACUGCUAAAAUCAUAUUUGGACCUCCACCAGAGGGAAGCACUGUCAUAGAUUCAAACAUAGAGCAAAUACCAGUUUUUCCAAAUUUACUUUCACCAUUUUUAGUCGGAGCAGGUGACGGAAUGAAAGUUGAAGAGGUGUUUGACUUCGGUGAACAAGAACCAAAAGAUAUUUCCUUAGACAAAUUGCUGGAAUUAUCACCAGACAAAUCCUUAGAGGUGUCUCCUGACAAAUCUAUGGAACUUUCUCUUGAUAAGCAGAGUUUUUCAAGUGAUAAGAGUGAACAGAAAGACUUGCUUGUUGAAGAGCUUACAGUUGAUGAUGUGAAGGAGAGAGAGGAUGAGAAACUGGAUGAGCCAUCGCUCGGGACACAGCCAAAGUCAAUGCCUCCUGAAGAAACCAUGUCAUUCAGUACCAUGACAACGGACUACAAAACAAUAUGUGAGGAAUAUCAUGCAAAGCUUGUGCACUUCGAAGCCGCUAUCACGCAACGCGAUGAACUAAUCGAGGAACUCACGGUCUCCUUACAGCGGUCCGUGCGCGAGCGCGACGAGCUCAGACACGAGAACGAACACCUCAGUAAUGAGGUGCUUCAGCUCCAACACGCCGUCGGCGAGCAAUCCUCUUCCGACCACGACACGGUCAAAGCUCAGCUCUCAGACUUCAUGAAGUACCAGAGCAUGCUCAAAGACGACAGCACGAAGUUCUACUCCGCUCUCAUGAGCGGAGGAUCAUCUAUACAGAGCUCGAACGGCGAAAAGGACAUGGAUCACGAGGAAAUCACAGUCAACUACUCCAAAUCUGAUCUUCGAUCGAGUGGAUCCUCAGAAGAGUUUCAGACGGGCUUCGAAAAUAAACUGACGACGAUAAUUAGCAAGUUCGACGAGUACAUUGAGGAGAAUUUGCGGAAUAAACUGAGGGAGAGUAUCAUUCAGAUAUUGUGUGAGGAGAUAGGGAAAAUGCGGAUCGAGUCUGACACAGAAGUUAAGGAGUUGGAGACUCAGAUGCAGCAGGACAAGCAGACGUUUACAGUGGAGACGAGGCGCCUAAGAGAGCUGCUCGCUUCAGUUAAGGCGGGAAACGCGGAUAUAGACGAACUGAGGGCAGAACUCAGCGUCAAACAUGAAAAGGAGAUGGAAAACUUACGGACUUACUUUGAGAAAAAGUGCUCAGAUAUGGAGAGGAGUUAUUCAGAGGAGGUGUGGCGCGGUCGCGCGUGCUUGUCCCCGGGCGGCUCGGCAUCUUCACUGGAGGGUUCCGCGGCCGGCGACUGCUUGCGCCGGCGCACACGCAGCGCGGAACUGCCCUCGCUGACGCUGGAGUCGACGCCACUAGAGCAAGCUGUGAAACAGACUAGCAAGAAAUACGAGCAACAGCUGGAAGAACUGAGGGCAGAGCACCUGGCCUACAUUAGCGACCUACAGGCUCGCCACGCGGAGACUGUCGCCUCCUUGGAGGAACAGGUCACUCAGUUGAAAGCCCACAUCCAGACGUCCGAAAACACCGAAGCCAACGUGUCCGUCUACCAGCAAGACAUUGAUCUUGAACUCGAAAAGAAGAGGUUCGAGGCGCGCGUCGAGCAAGUGCGCCAGGACGUCGUGCAGCAGCUGCAGGAGCAGAUACAGGUGCUGCUGUCGGACCCGGACGCGGAGGUGUCGAGCUGGCCGCUGGAGCUGGUGGCGCUGCGCGACAAGAUCCACGGCGACGCGCGCCUGAACCAGGAGAAAGAGUUGUCGAGUUUACGCGACGAGUUGUCGGGCGGCGAGGACAAAUGGAAGCAGCGCCGCAACGUCAGCUUCGACCAGAACAGGCAUCUGGAGGAGGUCACUAGGGAGAGGGACGGACUGAAGCGCGUAGCGGUGAGCCUGCACCGCGUGGUGGGCCAGCUGGUGGCGUACUGUGCGUCGGCCGAGGACGAGCUCAACCGGACCGUGCUGUCGCAUCUGCUGGCUCGAGUGCUGCCCGACGCGGACGAAACAAUUGCCGAAGAGGAAUCCCGUCCGUCCACGCCCAACUUAUCCACAGAACUCAACACCAGCUUAGUAUCCCGCGGGAAGCACGUGCACUUCGCUCCAGACCUUCACUCUAUAUUGUCGGAGCUUGAUGAGGAGAGCGUGGGGGGCUUCCUGCAGCAGCAGCGUGACGUCAGCGCCGACACCAAGCGGGAGCUCGAGAGCUCGCUGCAGCGGCUGCGGCAGGAGGCGCACGAGCUGCUGGAGCUGUCUGCGAGGCUCACGCACAAAGAGCGCAAUGAAUCUAAAAUGCUGGAGUCGGGUCAGGUCCAGAUCACAGAAUUAGUUCAAGACCUAGACACCAACCAGAAUUCCUGUGAUAAUUGCGAGCUGCAUAGAAAGAACAUGGAAGAAGCGAUGGCAGAGUGCCUUCAACGUGAAAAUUUGCUCCGGUCCGAUCUGGAAGGAGCCAUGAUCAAGAUAGCUCACCUCAUGACGAGCAACGAAAGGCAUUCUUCUGAUCUUAUCGCAGAAGGAUACGGCACCGGACAGCAGCUGCAGGCAGCUCUGUCAUCCGCUCGCAUGUCGCCGCGCCCGCGAUCGUGUCACACACCUGGGACCAUGUCAUUAGACGGAUGCUCGUCGCCGCGUGCGCAUGUGUCGCGCUUAGCACAGGACCUCGAGAUGCUGCAUAAGGAGCGCGAUGACUUACAGCAGCAGCUCGAGGCGGCCAACCGUCAGCUCCGCUCCACGCGUCAGUUCGUAGAGGAGCAGGCAAGCGAGCGCGAAGCGGAGCGCGACGAGUUCGCCAAGCGGCUAGCGGAUCUCCGCGACGAGAAUGCUCGCCUCGCCACGCGCUUGCAGAACAACGCCAGGAUACUUAACGAGAUGCACCGCCUGCGCUUGUCACAGUGCGCCUGUCGCUCGCAAGAUGCACAAGUGGAGCAACUAGAAGCCCAAACGCGAGAGAUGAACCAAAUCAUCAAUGAACUGGAAACCCGCAAAGCUGCGUCCGACGAAGAGCUCAAAGCGACGGAAGAAAAAAUCAUCCUACUACGAGACAUAAUAGCCAACCUUGAAAGUCAACUGGAGCAGAAAACAACUCAUGAGACAGAAAUAUUGGAUGAGUUAGAUACUAUGAAGAAGACGAUAGAAGAGCGAGACAGCAAGAUGAGGUCGUUAUUAGGGGAACUAGAGUCGUUGAGGAGUGAGAAGUUGGAGCAGACUGAUGUGACGUGCUUCAAGUGCGGGUCUGAGGAAGAUAAGUACAGCGAGCUGAUGGACAAAGUAAAGGAGCAGUGUCGCUGGCUGGAGGAGAGGAUCCACCGGCGCACGGCGCGGCUGGAGCGCAUCCACGAGGUGUGCUCGACCUCGUGCAGCGAGCCCAGCGAGGACGUGUCGCUGAGGGACCAGAGGGAUGUAGAGGUGAAGUCUCCUGAAAGCCCGCCAACGCCACGCAACGAGAACCUCGUGGAACUACUUGGCAUAUGGGAGAGUUUGGAGGCACACUCGCGCGCGGAAGACGCGGCGCUCAAGCGCGUGCGCGAUCUUGAGAUGCAGCGCGCACAGCUGAAGGACGUCGCACAGGAGGUGCGCGCCGAGCGCGACGUGCUUCAAGUGCGCAUGUCGGAGCAGGCGCUGAAGAUCUCGUCGCUGUCGGCGCGCCUGCAGCAGCAGCGCAACGACGCCGAGGCGCUCGCGCACCACGCCUCCUCCCAGCUGUCCGUCCAGCUGCACGACGCGCGAGCAGAGGUUCAGAAGUUGAAAGAAGACCUAGAAUCGAAAGACAAACAGCUGCACCGGCUUAAACAGAAUUUAGAGGAAAAAGACAAAUUGAAUGAACAGCAUCAAUCGUUGUAUGGAAACUCAUGCAAUCCCAAAGACAAAGUGGUGAUUCUGGAGCGCGAGCUGUCAUCAGCGCAAACUCGCAUUGCUCAACUAGAAGCCAUCGCGCGCGGCCUCGAAGCUGAUAAAGAUGAGUUAAACUCGGCCCUGCGCGACCACCAGAGGGCGCUGGCCGAGAAGGAGGAGCAGCUACAGGAACUGCUGGCGCUGAAACUGGACGAUGACAACCAAAGGGAGAAAAGCGAGGACGGAGGGAAAGCGUCCGCUCGCACGCUCAGCGAUAUCGUGUCGAUAUCGGAGUUCGACGAGCAGGACUUGCAGAUGAGGCGAGCGGAGCUCAAAGGUCACAAUACGAGUCUGACGGGCGCGCCGCACGCGUCUGAUUCAAGAGACAAAAUGCUAAACAGGACGCUGCCUCCGGAACUGACGCGUCCGAACAUGAGCUCCCUCAAUAUCGAGUACAUCGACAGUCUGGACGCGCCGCAUGGUACUCCCCGCGCCGAUUCAUUGCCCGCGCACCUCACCUCUACUCAAAACAAGGAUAGAUACAAACGCAACGUCAACGAGACCAUGAUGUUCGGAACCCUCGACAAGUUUGGAGAGAGCGUCAAGCACUCAACAGCUCAGAACAUCCCCGAUAACUGCUCCAUGUACCCCAAUAGAGACGUCAGCGAAAGUAAGGACCACAGCGUCGAACCAAAGAAGAUCAACUUCUCCGUUGAACCUUCCCACGACAACAGAACGCACGACGAGGAGGAAUUCACGUCGCUCAGAGAAUUAGGAAUCAGUUUAGACAUCCGACAGGAGAAUUUCCCGGAUAUUCUGACUCAGUUGAAACAUGAAAUCAAAAAGUCCCGAGCGGAGUUGGAGAAUUGCAAAUCUGAGCUGAAAAAUGCCGAGGAGCAGCUCUGUGAGUUCCCAGCUUUGAAAGAGGAAGUGGAAGAGUUGAAGGGGCUAUUGGAGAACACGAUGGCCACCAUGGAGACUGAUAAAAAGUUCUACGAGAAUCAACUGGAAAACUUCUCGUCGAACAAGAAGUUGCUGGAACAACGCUUGACCGAAUUGACCCAGGAGGUCGGGGAGAAAUCUAAGGACUUACAUUUGCUCAAAGAAGAUAUUUUAAGAAGAGAGAAUAUGAUUCUCGAACUCGCAAAGGAGAAGCGUAAUUUGACAAACAAAAUGACUGAACUCGAAGUAAAAAUUGACGAACUGCAAAGCAGAAAUAACGCAUUAGAAAAAUGUGAAACGGAAAAUCACCAACUGAGAGAGAAAUUGCAAGAAAUGCAAAAACUCGAACAACUAGUUUCCGAGAAAAACCAUCAAAUAGACUCUUUGAAUCAACAUUUAGAUAGAUUAGACGAUUUGCAAAGGUGUCUCAAUGAUAAAACCGAGGAAUUAGAAAACUUGAAAGAAGCCUUAGAAGAGAAAUCUAGCGAGGUCUUCCAAAUGCAAGAUACAGUAGAGGCUUUGAAUCGGGACAUCGCCAAGCUCAACGAGCAUAAUAACCAACUCAAUGACAGCAACAAAGAAUUAAAACUCAAACUUAGUAAACUAGAAAAAGAGCAAGAGAAUGCUUCUCUAAAACUACAAAGUAGCGAGAGUGAGUUAGAAAGAGCUAACUCCCUAAACAGUGAAUUAACAUCGAAAAUUGAUGAGCUCAAAUUGUUGACUGACAAAUUAAAAGACAAAGAAACUGAAAUUGAGAUCUUACACGAGGACAUAAACGCUUUCCACGAAGAAAUAGCGUCAUUGAAGGAGCAAAUGAAGAUGGUUUCGCGGAGUCCCUCGCCCAGGAGCAAGAAUGGCGACGACAAGAAAGUGGCCGACCGGCAGGCGAGCAAUGAUAAGAAGCAGCUCGUCAAGAUUAGGAAGCAAAUAUCGCUGCUGCAACACGAAUUGGACUUCAACAAGAAGGAAUUAAAUGACAAGGCCUUCGAGCUAGCAAAAGCGAAGCUGGACGUGACGGAGCUCCGCAACAACCUGGGCCAGGCAGCCAGCGCCGCCGCCGACAGGGAGCUGGCCACGGCUCGCCUGCAGCACGACCUGCAGGCCCUGGCUGCGGAGAAGGAGCAGCUGGCCGAGCAGCUGACGAACGUGUCUGCCAGAAUAAGAGAAGAGUCAAACACGUCAGAAUUAAAGGCGAAGCUGCGCGAAAAGACUGAACGAUGCCAAGAACUGGAGAACGAACUACAGGACAUGAAGGAGCUUGUUGACAGGUUACGAGAAGCCGAAGCGAACGAAGCGCUGCAGCAGCAUUCCUCGCGCGCGCUGGUGGUGAGCGGCAGCCGCUCGCCCACCGCCGAGCUGGAGCGCGCGCUGCGGGACCAGCUCAACUACUCGCACUCGCUCGACGACGACAUCUGCGAGCAGAUCCUAUCGGCGAGCAGCGACGACCGCGAAGACAUUCCGCGCCUCGCUUUGAACAUAUCAAAGUCCUCGUCGUCGAUCCACUCGUCCUCGUCGGAGCGGCUCCACCGACUGCGGGCGGACAACGACAAGCUGCAGGUGCAGGUCAACAACCUCGAGCUGCGGCUGCGGGACAAGGACGCGCUCAUCACGGAGCUCAACAGUCUACAACACUCGUCGGAGCGGCUCCACCGACUGCGGACGGACAACAAACUGCAGAUGCAGGUCAACAACCUCGAGCUGCGGCUGCGGGACAAGGACGCGCUCAUCGCAGAACUCAACAGUCUACAACACUCGUCGGAGCGGCUCCACCGACUGCGGGCGGACAACGACAAGCUGCAGAUGCAGGUCAACAACCUCGAGCUGCGGCUGCGGGACAAGGACGCGCUCAUCACGGAGCUCAACAGGUAG